AGUCCAGCGCUGCUUUGGGGCACCGCCGAUGACACCAGGUUUCACCAAGGGGACCUUUAAACAGGGUUCAUGGCCUCUGCCGGUGACACGCCAGCUAAACCGUUUUCUCCAACUUUCAAGGAACCGGCUGCCUGCUGGAUCCUCAAGUAACUCGGAGAAACAGUUUCCAAGGCCCCCCGCUGUUGGGGAAGGAGGCGGGGCCUGUCGAGGAGGGAGCGUGGUCAGGACUGACACACUUCAUGUGACGUGGAGAAAGGAGGCCGGUUUUCCCUUUGCACUUGUCUGACUGCAGUCCCUGGGGCUCGCCCGCUCAUCCUCCAUGGCCUUUCACGAACUCCUGGAGGAAAUCGGAGGCCUGGGCCGAUUCCAGAUCCUUCAGACGCUUUUCCUUUGCAUCUCCGGCAUCUUGGUGUACCCUCAUUUUCUACUGGAGAACUUCACCGCGGUCGUCCCGGGUCACCGCUGCUGGGUCCACAUCCUCGACAACGACACGGUCUCUGCUAAUGGCACUGGGACCCUCGGGCAAGACGCCCUCCUCAGAGUCUCCAUCCCACUGGACUCAGACCUGAGGCCAGAGAAGUGUCGUCGCUUCCUCCACCCCCAGUGGCAGCUCCUUCACCUGAAUGGGACCUUGUCCAACACGAGCGAGCUGGCCACGGAGCCCUGUGUGGAUGGCUGGGUGUACGACCGGAGCGCCUUCUCCUCCACCAUCGUGAUGCAGUGGAACCUGGUGUGUGACUCUGCAUCACUGAGCUCAGUGACCAAAUUCUCAUUCAUGAUUGGAGCGGUGGUGGGAGGCAUCAUUUUGGGCCAUCUAACAGACAGGUUCGGGAGGAGGUUAAUUUUAAUGUGGUGCUUUCUUGCACUCGCCGUCGUCGGGAACUGCGCCGCCUUCACCCCCACAUUCCUCCUGUACUGCUUCCUGCGCUUCUUGGCUGGGUUUUCUGUCAUGGGCAUCAUGACCAACAAUUCGGUGCUUAUUAUGGAAUGGCUAGUGCCCCGAUUCCAAGCCCUGGGAAUGACGAUGGCGAUCUGCACUGCUUGCAUGGGACAGAUGAUUCUGGGAGGCCUGGCUUUUGUCAUUCGAGACUGGCACGUCCUUCAGCUGGUGUAUUCUGUACCAGUACUGGUCUUGUUUGUUCUCUCAAGAUGGCUGGUGGAGUCUGCUCGGUGGCUGAUCAUCAUCAACAAACCCGAGGAGGGCUUAAAGGAGCUUCGGAAAGUCGCCUACAUGAAUGGAAGAAAGGAUGUCGGAGACGCCCUCACCAUGGAGGCUUUGAGAGCCACCAUGCAGGACGAGCUGGAGGCGGCCAAGACCAAACCGCUUGUGUUGGACUUGUUCCGCACGCCCAACUUGCGUAAAAGGAUGUUUCUCCUAUGCUGCGUGAGGUUUGCAGUCUGCAUUCCCUUCUACGGCCUGGGUCUCCACCUCCAGCACCUGGGGAACCAUGUUUUCCUGUUCCAGGUUCUCUUCGGCGCAGUCUCCCUCCCAGCCAACUACGUUGCCUUUCUGGCGCUGAAUCGCCUGGGCCGGCGAGUAAGCCAGGUGCUUUUCCUGCUCCUGCUGGGGAGCUCCAUUCUGGCCGUCACGUUUGUGCCUCGAGAAAUGCAGACCCUGCGCCUGGUUGUGUCCACUGUGGGAGUAGGAUUCUCUUCGGCGUCUCUCAUGGGUUCUUUUGUCCACGGAAAUGAGCUGAUCCCCACCAUCAUCAGGGCAACAGCUUCAGGAAUCAUAGGGAUUGUCGGUAAUAUGGGGGCAGCCCUGGCUCCCCUCCUGAUGAUCCUGACCGUGUAUUCUCCCCACCUGCCCUGGAUCCUCUAUGCAGUCGCCAGCUUCAUCCCUAGCCUUAUUGUCUUCCUCCUUCCUGAAACCAAGAAUCAGCCUCUGCUUGACUCCAUCCAGGAUGUGGAAAAGGAGAGAAAAGGCUCACGAAAAGAAAAACAGGAAGACACCCACGUGAAAGUGACCCAGUUUUAAGGGAUUCCAGCAACAAAGUGCUAAUCAGAGGGCCAGACAGAGGGGAAUGGGAUCAUCCCUCAAUAUAGGCAACUUUUGGGAAAGAAGUAAAUAAAAAGCUAUAAUGAAAAAGUGGAUCUCAUCUACCAUUGCAGUACUAAACAAGUAUAUAUAGAAUACCUAUGAUUAAUCGUCAUAAGAAGUUCUCAGAGCCCUGGCCAAUGUGGCUCAGUUGGUCGGAGUGUCAUCCUGUAAAUUGGAAGGUCACAGAUAUGACUCCUGGUCAGGGCACAUGCCCAGGUUGCAGGUUCAGUCCCCGGUUAGGGCAACCAACCUCACAUCAAUGUGAGAGAAUACUCUCACAUCAGUCUCUCUCUCUGCCCCCCCUUUCCCCCUCCCCUCUAAAGUCAAUAAGCAUGUCCCCGUGAGGAUUACAAAAAGCAAAGAAGUGUGAGGAAGGUUGCCAGCUUUUAAAGAAAGCAUAAUGAAAUGUGUAGAUAAAUUUUGAUCCCUAACAUGUCUGUGGAUAGAAAGAAUAGUAUUAAAAACAUUGAUUCUGCUCCAGUUACUUGGUAGAGUAAUUAAUUACAAAGAAAAAAACUGCAUACUCUUGAAAGAAUUUUUAAAAGUUACAACUUUAUCUACAAAUUAAUAAUAAACAAAGUGACUUAAGAAAGAGAAUCACAGAACGAGGGGGGCUGGCUGGUGUUUCCAGUGGCGUCUGCUCGACUCUGUCGUGGCAGCCACGGUCCGAACAGGAAGAGCAGGCGUCUUCACUCGUCAGAGGAAGUGCGGAAACAGACCAUAGGAGAUGUAACAGGUAAUAUGUAAUUCCGAUAUCAUAAAUCGCUGGGCAAAGUAAAGGAUUAUACAAUAAAUAGCAUAACUAAGUACUUACAAAUAAAUGACUAAUAAUGUGAUCUCAUACCCUAAACCCCCAAAUGUUCUACUUUAAUAAAAAGUUGAUUGGAAAAAACAAA